AGAAAACGUCAUCCCCUAUCAAAUUUCAUCGGCGAUUCGAAAAGCCAGAUUUAUCUGUGAGAUCUAGAACAAACAAUGGGGUCUCUUCCACCGUCAUUGGACCUUCCGUCACCGCCGAAAGAAGAGUACCGAAUUGACGAGAAUACCCUCGUCAACUUCUUCAAAUCUCAACAGAACCAUCUGAACUACUUCUUCCGGAACAUCGAUCUGUCUCAGACGCUCUCCUUUACGCGGACUCUCCUCAACACUCACGGCGUAAUUUUCUUCACCGGCGUCGGUAAAUCAGGCUUUGUCGCUAAUAAAAUCUCCCAGACUUUCGUCUCUCUCAGCAUUCGCGCCUCCUUCCUCUCCCCUGUCGACGCUCUUCACGGUGAUAUUGGCAUCGUCUCCAACCGCGAUGUUGUUGUACUCUUUAGCAAGUCCGGAUCAACCGAGGAGCUCCUCCGCCUCAUUCCCUGCGCUCGUGCCAAGGGCGCGUACCUUAUCGCCGUGACCUCCGUCGAAGGCAGUGCCCUCGCUGCCACCUGUGAUAUGAAUGUGAAUUUGCCGCUUGAGAGGGAGCUUUGCCCGUUCGAUCUAGCGCCCGUGACCUCCACGGCUAUCCAGAUGGUUUUCGGGGACACUGUUGCCAUUGCGAUGAUGGAAGCCAGGAAUCUCACCAAGGAGGAGUACGCAGCGAAUCAUCCAGCAGGGAGGAUCGGCAAGAGUCUCAUUUUUAAGGUAAAAGAUGUGAUGAAGAAGCAAGAUGAGCUUCCUGUUUGCAGGGAAGGUGACUUGAUAAUGGAUCAGCUAGUGGAACUCACAAGUAAAGGAUGCGGCUGCUUGCUUGUUAUAGAUGAAGAACAUCACUUGAUUGGGACAUUUACAGAUGGAGAUUUGCGUCGUACUCUCAAGGCUAGUAAGGAAGGUAUCUUUAAGCUCACAGUGGGAGAGAUGUGCAACAGGAGUCCUAGAACAAUUGGUCCAGAAGCGAUGGCAGUUGAAGCCAUGCAGAAGAUGGAAUCGCCACCAUCCCCUGUACAAUUUUUGCCUGUGAUCGAUCAUCAUAAUGCCUUGAUUGGCAUUGUUACAUUGCAUGGAUUAGUCUCUGCAGGCCUUUGAUCUUUUGUUUUGAAAAUGAUUUGUUAAGCAAAUUAAAGGAAGUUCAGAUUUCAUCCAUUUGAUUAUUCUUUGUAACCAUAUUGUAAAGGUCAAACCUUCAAGUGCCCCCAUAGCCCCUAGGCAGCGUUCUGUGUACUCCUAUCAGGUAAUUAGUAUUCACUAUUGUUUUUAUUGCAGAAGAAAGACUUCCAUAA